UUUAUGUUUAAAGAUUCUAAAGAAAGAUCAGUCAUAGAUAACAAUAACAUAGUUCUAAAGAUAGAAAAUCACACGAGAAUUUAUGCAUCUAUGUGUCCUGAUGAGAUUCUUGACGAUUAUGACAAUUAUGAAAUAAGAAAAUAUUUGACAACUCUAAUGCUCGGUGAUAUAUCAGGAUUUACUGAUUUUGCUGAAAAAUAUACUAGAACAGGUAAAGGUGGUGCAUCGAAAUUAACAGAGAUAUUGAACAGUUACAUCGGUGCAAUGGUUCAAGAAAUUUUAUCGCAUAACGGUGAUUUAUUAAAAUUUUCUGGUGAUGCAUUUAUCGUUAUGUGGAAACUUAAAAAGAAUGCUAACAUGCGUGAUUUAGCAACUAUGGCAAUUCAAACAGCAUGCAUUAUACAGAAACAUUUUGGGGCUUAUGAAACUGACGUUGGUAUCACUCUAAAAGUUAAACUAGCAAUAGCUUCUGGUAAAACAUAUUUCACGUGUAUCGGUGAUCCUAAAAAAAUGUCGCAUUACAUAAUUAUUGGUAAACCUGUUUGGGAAGUUAAAAAUGCUGAACGACUCUGCAAAGGUGGUGACAUUUUAGUAGCACUCAGCGCCUGGCAAUGGGUAAAUCCAAUCGAAUACAUUUAUGAAACACUUCCGGAUGGUUUGCAUACACUUAUUAUAGCUUGUUCUACAAUGUGGUAUACUUUGAAAGGCACUUAUACGUAUGACGAUGGUAAAAUUAUUACCAAGCAAUCCCUUACAUUUUAUGUAUACAAUAUUAACGAAAAAGAAACGUCUUCUCAGGAAUCAUCAACCGUGUUUAUAGAAAAAUUGGUAACGAAUAGUACAACAGUGUUAAUGAAUCUUUCAGGCUCUUUAAUGUACUCUAAAAAUAUGGAAAUAAUUGACUUUAGUUUGUUUUCAGUACGACCAAAAAUAAUAAAAGUAUCGAAAGCACAAUUGAAGGAUGCUUUGAGAAGUUACAUGUUAAAACCGGUAAUACGUUCAGUUGAAAUGGACGAACCGUUAGAAUAUUUAACAGAAAUGAGACAAGUUGUUAUAGUAUUUGUUAAUGCGGUUACUAGUGAAAUGAAAAAAAGACAAUUUAUCAAAUUGGUCGACGCAGCUUAUAAACUAGUUUGCAGGAUAGUUGAUAGGAUGCAAGGAUGUGUCAACAAAACGUCGCUCUUUGAUAAGGAUCUGACAUUUCUUUGUAUUUUUGGUUUACGAGGUGAAAAACAUGAACUUGAAUCACAAAUAGGUUUAAAAUGUGCAUACAGAUUACGAAUAGGUCUGAAAGAGUUAGCAUGCAUUACUAGCGUUACCGUUGGCGUUACAACUGGGAUGACAUAUUGUGGGGUUGUUGGUCAUAUUUUGAGAAGAGAGUACACGGUUAUUGGAAUGACAGUAAAUAAGGCAGCACGACUUAUGAUGGGUUACAAUAACAAGGUUAUCUGUGAUAGAGAAAGUUUUCUUCAUUCACGAUUAGAAGUUAGCCAUUUCAAAUUACAAGAACCGAAAUAUUUUAAAGGAAUAACCGAUGUUGGUCCAGUCUACGAGUUUGAAGAACAAGUCAGAUAUAAAGUAUCGGAAAUGGUUUGGAAUAAAUAUCCUUUGCUAGGUAGGGAUAAUGAAAUGAAUUUUUUUCGACACUUGUUAGCCAAUUUGGUGGAGUAUCUUCACUUUGGAAAUGAUUCACCUAAUAAACCACAGUAUAAUACGUUAAUUAUAAGAGGAGAGCCUAGAAUAGGAAAAACAAGAUUGUUAGACGAAAUGGUAUUGAACAUACCAAGUGGUAUUCCAUUGAAUUACAUUUCCCUUGUUUCAACAGAUAUACAGGUUGACCAUACAAUUUUCUUUCCCUUUUUGAUAAUAUAUUUGAAAAUAAAAAAAGGUAUAAAAAUAAGGGAACAUCUUUUCAGAACAGAUCCGUACACCUUAGUUCAUCUAAUAUUUUCCUUACCAUUAAAAUUCUCAUUAACGUCAACGCCAAAGGAUCGAGAAGAAAAAUUAAUUCGUUUAUUAGGCAACGUACGUUAUCCUGAAUACCUCUGUGCUUUGAAUCAAGUCUUCAACGUUUCUUUCCCAAUGACCAAACAAUACAGAUCAUUUAUGGAAUUAGAAAAACAAAAAAUACUUGAACAACUCUUGAUAAACUUAACGAAAAAAUGUUUUCCCAAAUUUUGGGUCAUUAUCAUUGAUGAUUUUGAAUACGCCGAUAAAGAGUCCUUGAACUUUUUUGAUAUUUUUGUUAAAACCAAUAUGUUUUUGUUCAUCAUUAGCGUUGGUGGAAAAGUUGGUGCCGAAUAUAGGCAUCAUACAUUACUGGAAAGAGCAUAUGUCAUGGAACUCCAAGGUAUCGACAAAUGGUAUCACAUUGGUAUUGUUUGUCAAGUACUCAAUGUAAUUGGCAUAUCUCCAGAACUGGAGAAAUUAAUUCAAAAUCGAAGUUUAGGAAAUCCAGGUUGGAUAGAAAGUUAUUUGAUGACCCUAAUGCAAAGUGGUAAUUUAGCAAUCAUAACAGUUACCAGAAGAGAAGCUGAAACUAUGGGAUAUGUUUUACCCAAUGUAAAAAUGUUAAAAAGACAUACUUUGAAUAAUAUAUUUAAAAAUACUGGUCCUGUUCGAGAAGAUAGGUGGGAAAUGUACGAAACGAGUUAUACGAGUAACGUAAAUCUAUCUAGUAAUGAAAUACUUCAUCAAUCUGAUACUGAUUUGUCUAAACACGAAGAGAUAAGUGUAGCUUUUUCGAAAACACUAGACUCUUUCUCGAUCAAAAAUACAAAUAUUGACAUGACAAUGGACGUUAUAAUUUUAAAAUUAUUCGAUUCUUUAACACCUCUUGAUCAAUUUUUACUUAAAUGUGCUUCUGUACUUGGUAUAUUUGUUAAUCGAAAAAUGUUGGAAAGUAUAACUGAAAUAUCCAAAAAAGACACGGCAGUAGCGAUUCGUAAACUUUUUGAAAUUCGAAUUUUCGAAUGUGGAAUGGGAGAUUUUAGUAAAAACGUUGGCCCUAUUAUUUACUACAGAAAUAUACGUAAUCAUGUUGGUGAUAUUGGUGUUAAAUGUAGGUGUAUUAACCUCGUAAUUCCAGAAGAAUUGUCGAAUAUGCCAAAAUAUGCAUCAUGCGGUCUUAUGCGUUUCAAGAUGGCGUUAUUUCGAGACACCACAUAUGGAUUACUCACGGAGAAUCAAAAAAUCGAGUUGCACAACAAAGCACUAAAAUUUCUACAACACAAUACCAGACGUUGCGAGGCUUGUGGCAAAGGACAUUUCACCAAUUUAUUAGAUAUAAACAUUUUUAGCGAAGUUGAAGGAGUACCAAUACAUUGGGAAUAUCCAUUGAAUUUAAAACGACAACUCCAUAACGUUAAUUCUCGGAUAUUACCCAGAAUAAAAAGCGUUUUAUCUAAUAAGAAUAGUUUAUCUUAUCUAAAUGUUUUCAAGAAACCAGAAAGAAAACCGGCACGUACUUUUUCCAAUCUUGAUUUUACUAAUUGUCAAUGUAAUCUGAUAUUAUUAACAGUUUACACGCAAAUGGUUGAACAUUGUUAUGGAAUCGGUAAGAAUGAUAAAACUUUAAUCGCCAUAUUGGGAUACGCUGAGAUUUGUAUAGAAAAUCAAAAUAUUCCUCAAGCAAGGAAAUUGUUGGACGAAGCUGAUAAGAUACUUCAACAGAUGUUCGACCCAAACAAAAAUGAAGUGAUUAGAUUCCUUUACCUCACAGCAAAGAUUCAAACUUUGCAAGGUAAAUGUUACUUCAAUUAUGGCCAUACUUCUGAAGCUGAAAAAAGCUUAAACAAAGCUAUGAAAACAUUAGGCUACAAUUUUCCACGUAUGAAUAUAACAACUCAUUUAAAAACAGCGUUCCAAUUGAAGAAACUGAAAUUAUUAUUAUUCUGUCCAAGAAAACGAAAACGUAAUAUCGAGGAUGACGAUGACGUCAGGAAAUACGCUAAUCAGUUGGCAUACUGUUUGGCUCAAAUGUUUCAAGUUUACAAGGCUAAAGGUAUGAAAAAACAGGCUAGAUUAGCAGCAAUAUGGGCACUGAACACGGCACGACCCAACAACGAUUUUUUCAUACUUUCCACGUGUUACACCAACAUGCUAAUUACUGCUCACGUUUAUCGCAUAAAGUACAUACACACACAUGAACUCAUUAGGAACAUAAUUAUAUCUUUGGAGAAGGAGAGCAUUGAUUUAUGUAACGAAGAAACGAGAAUAAUCGAGUACCAACAUCUUAAAGUCAUAGUUGAACUUUAUGCAGGUAUUUUUUUUUCACGUUGGAUCAGAGGACAAAUUAAAAAAGCUCUGGAUAUUGGCUUUAUUGUCAUGAAAUUAGCAAAAAGCAUUGAUUUAACUUAUAUUCAGUGCAUAGUUUUACCACAACUCGUUCAUCUAUUAAUGAUUUCUUGCCGACAUUCCGAAGUGGUUUCAAUAUUACGAGACUUAGAAUUUAUAUCGAAAAACAACAUAGACAAAUCCGGUCGUACGUGGUAUUACGCAAUGUGCGCAGAUGUACAAUUGGAUGUAGGAUUUACGAUUCUUUCUUAUGAAAAUUGCAAAAAAUAUUACUUAAAAGAAGGUGAAAGCAUGUUUAGUUUACGAAAUCCAGAAGCUGAAAGACGAUAUUUUACAUCUAUGUGGUUAUGGUGUGUUAGAAACCAAGAAUGGGAAGCAUCUAACAUAUGGAUGAAAACAAAUUUUAAAAUAAACACAAGUGAUGAAGACAUAGUUGCAGCUACUAUAACAGAUUUAAAAAAACUCGAAGGGUUACUUAUUUCUUACGUUUAUUAUGUUAACAAACGUGACGUCAAAGCAAUACAUAUUAUGGCGGAUAUCAAAGUUUCUUUUAAAAAUGUUAAAAAGAUGAUAAGCAUCGUGAAAAUUGCUAUACCAAGAUACGUAUUUAUAAAAGCUUACUAUCACAUGGUCCGAGGUCACAAAAGAAAAGCUAUAAAAAUUCUGCAAAAGACAAAAAAGAUAUCUAACAAAAUGGAAAAUAAAAUGAUUUAUAAAUGGGCAAUGCACUGUAAACAAGCCUGGGAAGGAAAAAUGUCUUCGAUACAACAAGAUUUAUGGCAAUUACAGUCAACGAUUUUUUCAUCUUCUACUUGGGAGGAAAUUAAUACAAAUAAUUCUGAAAUCAUUUUUUAUACUUUGCCAAUACCAAACUAUGUGCGUUAAAUCUUACAUUUUCUUUUAUUAACAUAAGAUCAUUUAAUGAAAUAUAUUUUACUAUAAAAAAUAAU